AUGACUAUCAUCGAUUUUUGUAUAAAUGUUGUUUAUUUAUUUAUUUAUUUAUCUCUCCUCUCUUUUACACAAACUAUAAAUAUAUCGGUUAUCUCAGCACUACUACUACUCAACAACAAACAUGCAUGGCUUUCUUGUUCACUAAAAAAAAGUUGUCGGGGAAUGAGCAGACAACCAGGCGCAAUUGCUGAUGCAAAAGAUAUCGACUCAAAAACAGACCCUUCAAUAUCUGCUUCCUCUCUCAUCACUCUCUCUCUGUCUUGUUCACAACAACAACCACACUGA